AUGUCGAAUCGAACGGCCGAUCAACUUCUUAAGUGGGGUAUUGAGCAUGCACCUGUUCAUGAAGACGGAACCUCAUCUGUGGCGCACGUCGCCGCCGACGUAGCCACAGGCCGGCGCCCUGACCUGACAGACCCAGGAUUGUACGAUGCUAUCAUGGGUAAGAGCGAAGCUCAGAUGAUGCAAGAAGAGCUGGACGUCGCCGUGAAUCCCGCAAGGACUGAAGAAGACCGGUGCAUCGCGUUGGAUAACUUUGAAAUGCUGAUUGAGCAAGUUGAUAAUGCAAAUAACAUGGAACCUUUACGCAUGUGGCCGGCCGUGUUGGCAUUAAUGAAUCCUGUGCAUACGACGCCCCCGAUCCAGGUAGGAGCUGCGUGGAUCGUUGGGACGGCCGUGCAGAACAAUGACAAGGCACAAGCUGCAGCAUUUUCACACGGUGCCCUGCCAUGUAUUCUAGCUCUGUUGCAGGAUUUGUCGCAAGAGGCCGUGUGCAACAAGGCGGUAUACGCGCUUAGUUCCAUGCUGAAGCAUUAUCCGGCAGCUGUACACCAGUUUACUGAGCUUGAUGGUUGGACUGUGCUGCGUUCGCUUCUUGGGAUCAAUAGUUUGGCCGUGCGUCGCAAGGUGGCCUUUCUUCUGAUUCAGCUACUCCACCAGGCGAAGGAUGCUCUCGACACGCCGGUUGCCGGGCCUGUGGCUCCAAAGGCACCCAUCGCACGUGUGCAUCCCCCUGCAGACGAGGCACCAGCGAUGAUGCAGCACGCAACGACGUAUCCACCCGUGGCCCAGCUUCUUGUGGAUCACGGCAUCAUUGGGGCGCUUGUCGACUCCGUUGUGCCGAGCGAGGACAUGGAAGUCGAUGCGCCCACCUCCUUGAGCUUGUGCUCUGGUACAUAUGUGCGUGAUGAUGAUGACUAUCUCGAAAAGGUUGUGCAGGCGCUAGAGGCACUCGUAUCGCACGAGCCCUGUCCAUCGUCAUUGCCAGAGGAGCGAUUGCAGCAGCUUGUACAGUACCUUGUGGCCACAGAUGGGCAUCAGCCUCGUAUCGCUGCGCUUGACGUCGACAUAAACGCUCUCACGACAUACCUAAGCCGCUGA